GUCAAGGUACCUCCGCCCUCUGUUUUCCAUUGGAAAAGGUCAAGAUAUGAACAGAAUUGUUCACAGAAAGGUCCUCGAGGGAUUGGUUCUUAAGCAGAAUAAGGAAACAAUGCAAGACAACUGGAACAAUGAGAAGAUUUUUAAAGAUCCCGAGGUCCAAAAACGCCUUCUCAAAGUUGAUGGGGAGGUACGAAACUACAGAGUCUAUGCAACUGUUGGUGGCACAGCGAUUAAGGUGGAUGCAAACCUGCAAAACAGCCUCUGGAAAUCACCCCAAGUUUCCUUUUAUCUUGGAUUUACCAUCAGAGGUCCUGUAGCCUUUGACAUCCAGACACAAACUGAAGAAAAGGUAAAGGCAUUGGAGCUACGUGGCGGUAGUAUCUCAAACUCUGAGCAAAUAAAACCAGAACUGUCUGCCUGGACAGAUAUCACUGGAGGGCCUUUGGGAAUCUUGAGGCUAGGAUCAUGUGGUGGUGUUGCGGACUCCAGUGAUUGGACUAAACUUGAACCCAAAAUCAAAAAAGUGGAUGAGGUUCAGAUUUAUAGCCUACAGUCCAAGGCAGGUCAGUAUGAAUGCAGUGUGUCUGCCCUGCGCUGGGUUUGUAAGGACAAGGCCAGCUUCAAGUAUCAGUUUUGUUCAUGGGAUGAACAAAGAGAGAAGCCUUCAUGCAUGGAUUACAUGCCAGCAGGACCCCUACUGGACAUCAAAGUCACAGCUGGGAACUUUGAGGAGUUGCAUCUGCCACACUGGAUAGAUCACGACACUACAACGUCAGACAUGUUUGCAGUUCUACACAUGGAUACCUGUGGUGAUAUUGUGGAACAAGUGUCUGAUGUGACAUCGUCCCACGUCAAGUUACACCAGACAACUUUCUCUCCAAGGGGGGUCAUGAUGAAACUGGGCUUCCCAGUAAAGGUUUACUGUGACGUGUUAAUAUACAAGACAAAAAAGGAAUUCCUCACACUGCAUGUUUACCUGGUCCCACCUGAUCAGUAUAUACAACAGAAAGUGGAGAGGAAGGAGACAUCUUAUGGAUCAAUAAUAAUCCCAAAACCAAGCCCAGAGAAGUCUCUUCAGAUGCUGGAUAAUUUCUUUCUCACAACAGAUACGGACACAGCUACAAUUCAUCCUGAAACAUUAAAGCUCACAUGUGAGAGGAGAAACCCAAUUUCUCUGAGUGAACAAAGGAGAAAUAGUAAAGAGGACACUGUCUGGGCCUGCACUGUUCGAAGAGGAGACUACAAAACUCAAAGCACUGAUCAUGAAGAUGGUCAGCAUUUUGUGGAUCGCCAUCGGACAGCUCUCAUUAACAGAGUGAGCGACAUCGGAGCCGUCCUGGAUAAGCUCAUUGAAAGGGGGCUGAUCUCAAAUGAGAACUAUGAUGCUGUAAGAGCUAAAGAAACCACACAAGACCAGAUGAGGGACAUUCUUAAGUUUCUGACUACAGCAAAAGCCAAAGACGCUCUCUAUAAAAUCCUUAAAGGGAUGAGAAGUUUGAGGGCUCUCAUCCUUGAGCUUGAGGAAUCUGAAUCUGGUUGUAGCUUCGGACAGUAA